CUUUUCUUUUCGUCGUUGCCUUCGCUAUGGAUAGAUCAACUGAAUUUAACUUCUGCUCAAAAAUCUCCAAUCCUCUCUCUCUCUCUCUCUCUCUGCUUCUUCCAAACUCAAUUUCAGUUUUCGCUUAUUCUCUUUCCCCUCGUUCUAACAAUGAUUAUAAAAGGAUUGUUUAGAAGAUAUAAAAAAUGGAACCCUGUUCAUCCAACUUAUGGAGCAUUUUAUGGAAUGGGUUUCGGCGUUGGUUGUGGUGUUGGAUGGGGUCCUGGAUUUGGUCCUGAAGUUGUUGGUUAUGUUGGAGCUGGUUGCGGUGUUGGAUUCAAUGUUGGUAUCACUCUUGUUGGUUUUGGAAUUGGUCUUCCUGCUAAUGUCAUCUUUGCAGCUCCUUAUAAUGCUCUUUUGGCAACGAAAAGCUCUGCAUUGAAGUUAGCGCGUUCUUGUGGUCAUCUUUCUGGUACCCAAGCCUCAGGGGAUGUUUGGAUUAGAAACGUACCUUCCGUGUCUGACUUUCAAAGAGAAGCUGGUGAAAAAUUCUCUUGUUUUCGGCAAAAGUAUUUAUCAAUUAACGUAACUGAUUUCUUUGACAUGAAGAACAGCUUGCCUUUGGUUACUACUUCUGCCUGUAAAAGUAUACAAUCAUUUCAUAGCCAGCUGUUCAGCCCUCGUAAAGGAUCUAGGGAAUGGUUGGUCUUACUGUGGAUCCGUCGUAGGCAGUCCUACCUUUCAUUUCUGCUAGAGGCUGAUCCGCAACUUGAAUCUGUGACCUAAUCACACGGCCUUAGAACCCUGUAAUGAUUUUAACAGUUACCAACGAGAAUCUCUCAUACAGUCAAAUCUCACCCAUUCCUCUUAAAUUCACGGUGCUAUUUCAUUUUAUUUUAUAUAACAAUGUAUGGAAACUACUGUCAUUAUCAUUGUUGUUAGAAUCCCGAUCAGAAUCUCUAAAUCCUACGAUUUUGCGAUGCCUUAUGGUUCUGGAUCCCAAGUAAAAUCCUUAAAGCAGCAAAAUCCGUUCGAAAUUGCAGCAAAAUUGUGUGACUCUGGGCAUUUUGUUUGGGUUAUUUUUGACCUGGUUCACAUUGGAAUUGUUUGUAAAAUCCUUAAAGCAGCAAAAUCCCUUCGAAAUUGCAUGAAAUCGUGAAUUGCAGCAAAAUUGUGUGACUCUGGGCAUUUUGUUUGGGUUAUUUUUGACCUGGUUCACCUUGGAAUUGUUUUUUUUUUU